CCCCCCUGCGCAGCGUCUCUCACACAGAUCGCUGCCCUGGCCGGCGCCCGCGUCUCUGUCUCAGUGAAGAGCAAGGAAUUUGCCCCCAUGCUAAAUAAAAGUAAUGCCUUUCAAAGCAGUGGUGGUGGUUAAGAGAGUUCAUCCGUGUGAGCUGUUAGCACCAACGCCUGCUGCAGAGGCACUGAGUUUAGGAGCAAACCUGUUCUUUCUGCUUAUUUAUACCUUUACAUUUUAACUCGGCAGAAUACAAGCGGUGCCUUUCAGACACCGAGGUUUCCCCUACGCAAGCCUCCAAGGAGCAGUCUUCUCUCUCAUGUCCCACAUGCGUGGCUGCUCUGCAUCAGUACGUGUGUGCAGGCUGCUUGGAGCGAUGGGUCUCAAGAAACAGGUGAAAGACUUUGCCUUUCCACGUGCAUCCCAAAUAUAGUCUGGAAAGAGAUGGUAUCCAGAGGAGACCAUACUGAAGCGGACAGGCUUGGAAACCUGAGAGCUCAACACACAACUUCUGGGGUGCCUCUUCCAUCUUCCUGAACAGUGAAAUGCAUUUCCCAGAUUUUUACUCUGGAUUGGGAUUUAAGCCCAAACUUUCCUCACUGCACCACUAAUGCUGGAAAGGAAAACAGAACCAAACCAGAAAUCUCAAUAGACAUUGAGCAAAUGUUGUCCUCUUCCUAUCCUCCCAGCUCCAACCGGUCUAACCUGCAGCUCAUGGGGACUCUACCCCACGGGGUUGUACAUGGAGGCAGUUCUUCCCCGCCCCCUGCUCAGCUCUUCCUCUGAGGCAGACUAGAGAUAGGGUCACUCCGGGACCUGUCCAGUGAGGACAAAACACUCCUGCUGUCUCUAGUCUUUGCUUAGCUGAUUGUUUUGCCUGUGAUCUGCCCUGCCGCUGGGAGCAAAACAGCAUGAACUUAAGAGAUCGCUCCAGGCUCCAGGCUCUGGAGACACAGUUCCCAGCUGAGGGAUGGCUUGUUUUCCACAUUAUUUUUGGUCAAAUCCCCCAGGGCCUUGAAAUUAUAGAGCAAAGCAAUUAGCUUAGCACAAUUUAUUACAAAUGAUAGUACAGGCUGCAAAAGCAACAAAGAACUGUAGAAAGGAUCAGGAGAAAUGCCUCUGCCAGCUGAGAGGCUGGAGUCCAAAUCAGACACGGUGAAGGGCAUGAACUUCUGAGCCAAAAAAUCAUCAGUAAGGUCCCCAGGAAAAACAAGUAAAAAUAGUAUGUCAUGAAUGCUGUAUCUUUCCCUUUUGAAGCCAUAGUUUCUCUUUCUUUCCCAGGAACCGAACAGCCUAGGCAUUUGGAAAAAAAAAAUGUAGCUGAGAUUUCUAAUGCCCUGUUUCCAGAAGCAGAGAAUUUAAGAAAAUCAGUAAAUACUUUGUCCACAGAAGUGUUGCCAAUACUGCCAUCACUUCCCUCUUCAGUUAUAAACCACUCCCCCAGUAAACUUUGACUAGAGUAAUUUAAUCAAAUGCAUACCUCAUUUAAAGUUAUUUGAACCAGUCUAAACUGUAAGAGAAGCAUCAUGUUUACAAAGAGGACCGGAGCACAGAGAUCCUCGGGGUCUGUCUGGUUUUCUGUUGACAGACUGUGUGUCAGUGAGCAAAUCCCAGCCUUUUUCUGCCUUGCUGUCAGUCUCCGGUAUAAUUUCUAUGCAUUUUGUGAGGGUGGAGACACAGAGAGAUCCCUGGCAUGCCAUGGGAUCUAUGGAAGGAAGGAGAGACACGAGUACGGGUUUAUUUAGAGACAUGCAUGAGUACCAAUUCCCUGUGCGGAAAGAAAAGACCGUAACACAAAAAAGCAAGCUUCAUAUUUUGUACAAAGUUGUCCCGGGAGCCAAGUAGCAGCCUGCCCCAGGCCUGAAGUUAGAAAACCCUCUGCACUGGCUGGUACUGAUGGGAAGAGGGCUACAGGAGGACCCUAAGGGACCUUCCCGCAAAGGCAGCCCCUCUUCAGGGAGCUGGCAGCCAUUACCUAGUGAAACAGAAAUUCUGCAUAUGGCUUCUGUUUCCUUGUCUUGUUCCCCAGGGCUAUAUUUCUGCACUGGCAACUGCUGCAAGCCUGACAGGUGCUCUAGAUAUCUUAUUUAUCUCUGGACAAAAAGCUAGGGAAAUAAGGAUGGUUCCUAAAUGUGCUUCCAACCUCAAAAAAAAAGCUGGUAAAUGGUUCUGGUAUCAGGGCUGGGGCUGCAGCACGGGGAUGCGGAUGUAGCUGACUGCAGUUGCUCAAGAUUGAAUCUGACUGGCUGGUGGUUGUGUCCUGGGCACAGAUUUGGGGGCAUAGUCCUUUUCUCAUUGGCUUUAAGAGAGAAGCCUUCCCCCAUCCCAGCUGAGUUAAAAGGGAAAGCGAAGACUGGUUUUAUUUCCUGGAGUAGAUUGCACACACUGACCAUGGCAUCUGAAAAGCCGAUACUUUAUGGCUAUUUCCGGAGUUCCUGCUCUUGGAGAGUGAGAAUCGCACUGGCUCUGAAAGGGAUUUCCUAUGACCUGGUGCCAGUGAGCCUCCUGAACGACGGGGGGCAGCAGUUUUCUGCUGAAUUCAAGGCAUUGAAUCCAAUGCAGCAAGUCCCAGUCUUGAAAAUUGAUGGCAUCACCCUUUCUCAGUCGCUAGCUAUAAUUCAGUACCUAGAAGAUACCCAUCCUAACCCCAGGCUCCUGCCCCAAGAUCCAAAGAAGAGAGCCCAAGUCAGAAUGAUCGCCGAUCAUAUUGCCUCCGGCAUUCAGCCACUCCAGAACCUGAAAGUCCUGAAACAAAUGGGGGAAAAGAAAAUGGAAUGGGCUCAGACCUGCAUUGCAUCUGGCUUUCAAGCACUGGAGCAGAUUCUGCAGCACACUGCUGGGCGCUACUGUGUGGGGGAUGAAGUGUCCAUGGCUGAUCUGUGCUUGGUGCCUCAAGUUUCCAAUGCUGAAAGAUUCAAAGUGGAAAUGGGUCCAUAUCCCACAAUAAUCAGAAUUAACAAAGCUCUCCUGGAUUUAGAGGCAUUCAAAGUAAGCCACCCAUCCCGGCAGCCAGACACUCCUGCAGAGCUGCGAGCUUGAAGCCCUUCUACUCAUUAAGUGAAAUUGAAAGCUGAAGUAACAGAAUAGCUAUGGGGGUCUCUGCAAAUGGAGGUGGAAAGUACCAAUGUGAAGCACUGGAGGGUAAUGAAGGCAUGCUAAAGGGUUAACAAGAGACCUUUGUGAAGCCAACUGUAGCUGGAAUGUGAUAAUAGCCCUGAGAAAACAGAACCAUCCUUGAGGAGGAUCCAGCUUAAAGUACUAACAUUGUGGUUUAGGUUAACUUACUAACCAUAUGAGAGUUUUGUAGUAAAUUGCCUAUCUUUGUUGCUGGCCUUGGAAGGCAUGUAGGGGACAAAAUGUCUAGCAUUUUGUCGAUAUGAAGAUAGCCAAGGAUGGGAACCAUGAGAUAAUGGAGGUAAAGGAGAAUGUUUCAAGGAUGGGGAGCCAGCAGGUACCAGCUGUGUUGUUCUGGCAGCAGAAUAAGGCAGGUAAAAGCCAAAGUUCACCAAAAGGACAAGGUGAAGAAGAGGAGUGGAUGAAGUGAACAACCCCUGAAGACCACCGACUCAAAUCACUGAGCAUGUGCAACUGGGAGAAUAUGUAAAUGAUUUCCAGGAAUUAAUUUACCUAUCCCUGCCUUUUCUGAGGAAUGUAAUGAAUAUGCAUGUAAAAUUAGUAUAUAAACUAUGCAAUUAACCCUGUGCGGCACGCACAUUAGGAGGAACAAUCCCCUGUGUGUCCGGCACUGCAAUAAAGAAUACCUGCUUAAUAGUCACC